GGUUAGAGGGCGGGAAAGCUGUGUAGCGCGAGGGGGUCAGUUUGUGGCGGAAUUGGGCGGGGCUGAGGUGUCCGGGGUUGUCGGGGGCGGGGUGAGGUGUCCGGAGUUGUCGGGGGCGGGGUGAGGUGUCCGGAGUUGUCGGGGGCGUGGCCUGGAUCUCCGCUUCACAAGCAGUGAUGAUGAACCGAGGAGAGCUCCGGGGCUGGCGUGCGGACUUUAUCCGGGAUUCCGGGUCCUGUGGAAGCCGCCGGUGACGAGAGCCAACCCGAUCUGCCUAGGCAGCUCUUGCACUCACUUCUUAGACAGUGAAUACGCUGCGAAGUACAUGCACGUCACUGUGCACCUAGGACCAGGCAGCAGCUCCAUACAUGAAGAUUGUAUGUCCUUUACAGGUUUAAAGUUCAUAUCCAACUUAUCUCAUAUGUGGGAUUUCUGAAAGCUAUAAGAGGGACUUCAAUGUCUCUGGAAAUAUCAGCUGACAAUAAAACAGGGAUACAGGAGGAAAAAGCAACAUGAGCUGGAGUUUCUUGACACGUCUGUUAGAGGAAAUCCAUAACCAUUCAACAUUUGUUGGAAAAAUUUGGCUGACCUUACUUAUAGUGUUCCGCAUUGUUCUGACUGUUGUAGGAGGAGAAUCCAUUUACGACGAUGAACAGUCUAACUUUAAGUGCAACACUGAACAGCCCGGUUGUGAGAAUGUUUGCUAUGAUGCCUUUGCGCCCCUUUCCCAUGUUCGCUUCUGGGUAUUUCAGAUUAUCUUGGUGGCCACUCCACCUCUAUUGUACUUGGGCUAUGCUGUUCACAAAAUUGCAAAGAUGGAGGAUCGCAAAGACAGAAAGACAAGGGUUAGAACCUUAGCUUUACGCUGGAAACAAAAUCGUGUUCUUGAAGAUGUAGAAGAUGACAAUGAAGAGGAUCCCAUGAUGUAUCCAGAGACCGAACCAGAUAGCGAGAGAGGAAAAGUGAGCAACAACAAGAGAAAACAUGAUGGACGAAGACGGAUAAGAGCUGACGGAUUGCUUAAAAUUUAUGUUCUUCAAUUGUUGGUUAGAACCAUUUUCGAGGUUGGAUUCUUGGCUGGCCAAUAUUUCUUGUAUGGAUUUCAAGUAAUAACAAAAUACGAAUGCAACAAGGAACCCUGCCCGCAUAUCGUAGACUGCUUUGUAUCUCGGCCCACUGAGAAGACAAUCUUCUUGUUGAUUAUGUAUGGGGUAAGCGGUCUGUGCCUGCUUCUGAAUGUUUGGGAGAUGCUUCAUCUUGGAUUUGGGACAAUAAGGGAUGCACUUAAUAACCGGGGAAAACAAGUGGAUGAUUCGUCUUCCUACAAUUAUCCUUUCUCAUGGAACACGCCUUCAGCUCCCCCUGGAUAUAAUAUAGCUGUGAAACCAGAACAGAUCCAUUACACAGAACUUACAAAUGCCAAAAUGGCUUAUAAACAGAAUAGGGCCAACAUUGCUCAGGAACAGCAGUAUGCGUAUAGUGAAGACAAUAUUCCUGCUGAACUAGAACACCUCCACCGAGAAGUCCUUUUGGCUCAGGAACGUCUAGAAACUGCCAUCCAAGCUUACAGUAGCCAUAACAAACCACCUUCCACCAAAGAGAAGAGGUCCAAGGAAGGCUCAAGUAAAAGCAGUGUCAGCAGCCGGUCUGGAGAUGGAAAGAAAACUGUGUGGAUAUAAAGCACCAGCAGAAAGUUGUGACAAGAACAGACAGCCGCAGAGCAAUUACUUCCAUUCUUAUAAAUAUUUCUAUUCUGUCGGAGAAAUACAGACAACCAUGCCUUGUACUUGAUAGGAGAAAAAUAGCCCAUGGAUUAUGCAGCCUGUUCUCUUGGCUUGCUAAACUUUGACGGUGACAGACAACGUGUCACACAAUACAUUCCAGUUUCUAUUGUUCAUUAUUAUGUUCUUGUUUAUGCAAUGCAGAAGUUUGUUUUUUUAUAUACCCAUUUUAUGCAAUUUUAUUUUAUACAUGAAAUGUUUGUGGGAUCUUUCUUUCCAGUCAGUAUUUAAGGGCAAGUAAUUUGUCAGAGUUAGUAUGCUGGCAAACCAUUCGAAAAUAAUUUGAAUAGGAGCCAAGCGCAGCUUUGUGUUGUAGUUUUGCACUUGCAAAUAACUUGAUAGAUGACUACUGCCUUUACCCAUUUGCAGCCAGCCUGCAUCUCAGGUCUCCACUGUGGCCCUAGAAGUGCCUUGUAUUAUUCUGCAGAGUGCUCUAUUACUGUAAUGUAUAGUUGUGUUAUUUUUAAUCAACAUAGCUGACCUCACUGGAUAGAUUGUUCAUGAAACGUAUUGCAAAGGACAAUGUAUUCCUUAUCUUCUAGUGUUUAGUUUAUCCUCCCCACUGUGAGAAUGGCGAAAGGCAUUUGUAGAUGAAAACCAGAUCCCUAACUUCCCCUUCCUCCAAAAUGCAUCAGAUAUUUGUUAUGGGAUGAAAUAAUUCCAGUUAACAGCCAAAGACAUGACUGGUAUAUACAGAGAAAGAGCAUGCCUUUGUCUCUACCUUUAUGAGAACAAGUGCCUCCUUUCUUGCCUUUUUAUGUUGUUUCCUAAUGUGUUAAUUUAAUUUUUGAAAAUCGGUUACAGUAUUUCUGUAUGUGAAACGUUCUGAAACAUUUUGCAUAUUUUUCCUCAUGAUGAACAGUAUAUACAAUUUCAUAUAUGUUUUACUUAUUAUUGAAAGAUUUAGGCCUCAGGGAUACAAUCUUCUGGCGGACAACAGUGUCUGUACAAUAUGGGACUAUAGGCAUGCUGUAAGCUUCCGUAAUAAGGCAUCCAAUAAACAUGGCAUACAUUUUUUUCUUUUCUAUAACCUAGGCCUCUAUAUGAAAUGGAAGACAUAUGGACAUACAUUAUGGGCCAAUAGACUGCUUUGGAUGCCAUAUUUUAACUCUAUACACCCUGGAACAUACAGUGCAAGAAUGUGGUUAAUAGAUAUAUAUAACUAAAUUGUAUCUUUGCUGCUCCUGUCAUUCCAGCUUCUAUAAUAACCAAGAAUAUUGCUCCAUCCCAUUAGUAUCAUGUGCAGCUUCACCGUAUCGCCCAGAAUAACUACUACUGACCACAGCCAUCAUGUCUGUUACACGUGUGGACAGCAUGGUUACUAAUACAGAAUAACUUUACAAUUGCAUGUUAUUAACAAAUAUGCUUCUUUCUAUUUAAUUUUCCACUUUGAAGAAAUGACUAGAGAUGAGCGAACUUACAGUAA